ACUUCUCCCUUCUUCUAUUUGGCCGCUCUCUCCAAGCGGUCCCGUGCUUUUCGCGUGCGAGAGGGAGCUCCGAGGUGUUCUUCUUUGCCAGGAUGGCGGCUUCCGCUCCCGUGAGCGAGGAGGACCCUUUCAGCCGCUACCGUUCGCCUCUGGUCUCCCGCUACGCCAGUCCCGACAUGGCCUUCAACUUCAGCGAGAGGAAGAAGUUCGGGACCUGGCGGCGGCUUUGGCUUUACCUGGCCCAGGCUGAAAAGUCACUGGGCCUACCCAUCACUGAUGAACAAAUAAAAGAAAUGGAAGCAAAUCUAGACAACAUAGACUUCAAGAUGGCAGCAGAGGAGGAGAAGCGAUUGCGUCAUGAUGUAAUGGCUCAUGUACAUACAUUUGCCCACUGUUGUCCAAAGGCUGCAGGGAUAAUUCACCUUGGAGCAACUUCUUGCUAUGUAGGAGAUAAUACGGACCUAAUCAUUCUUCGGGAUGGAUUCAACUUGCUUCUUCCCAAGCUUGCCAGAGUGAUCAGCCGUCUGGCAGACUUCGCUGAGAAGUAUGCCAACUUGCCCACUUUGGGUUUUACUCACUACCAGCCGGCUCAGCUCACCACUGUGGGUAAACGCUGUUGCCUGUGGAUCCAAGAUCUCUGUAUGGACCUCCACAAUUUGGAACGGGCACGAGAUGAACUGAGAUUUCGUGGUGUGAAAGGCACAACUGGAACUCAGGCCAGCUUUUUGCAGCUCUUUGAAGGGGAUCAUGAAAAAGUGGAAGAGCUGGACAGGCUCGUGACUGCCAUGGCAGGAUUUAAGCGGGCUUACAUUGUUACAGGGCAGACAUACAGUCGAAAAGUGGAUAUUGAAGUCUUGUCCGUUCUAGCCAGUCUAGGGGCAUCCAUACAUAAGAUAUGUACCGAUAUUCGUCUUCUAGCCAACCUCAAAGAAUUAGAGGAACCCUUUGAGAAAGAUCAAAUUGGUUCAAGUGCCAUGGCUUAUAAACGGAAUCCCAUGCGUUCAGAGCGUUGUUGCAGUUUAGCUCGCCACCUUAUGGUUCUGGUCUUGGACCCACUUCAGACAGCUUCUGUGCAGUGGUUUGAGCGCACCUUGGAUGACAGUGCAAACAGACGUGUGUGUUUAGCUGAGGCCUUCCUCACUGCGGACAUAAUACUUAGCACUCUUCAGAAUAUCUCUGAAGGUACAGUGGUAUACCCCAAGGUAAUUGCAAGGCGUGUUCAGCAGGAGUUGCCUUUCAUGUGCACAGAAAAUAUUAUUAUGGCUAUGGUGAAAGCAGGAGGCAAUCGUCAGGAUUGUCAUGAGAAGAUAAGGGUUCUGUCCCAGCAAGCAGCUGCUGUUGUGAAGCAAGAGGGGGGUGAUAAUGAUCUCAUUGAACGUAUUCGUGCUGAUCCCUACUUUAGCCCUAUCGUAGGACAACUAGAAACUCUCUUAGAGCCUUCAUCAUUUACUGGACGUGCUUCUCAGCAGGUUGCAAGAUUCCUAAAAGAAGAGGUCCGGCCAGUGCUGGCCCCUUAUCAAAGCAAGAUGGAUGUGAAAAUGGAACUGUCUCUUUGAAGUAGUGAUUUAUUGGGGCAUAUGUGGAAAAAACAAUAAAAUAGUUGUUAAAGGA